AUGGUCAGUUCAGCACUUCGAACAGUUGCCCGCCCUGUCUUUCGAGCAACCGCAGCUGCGGGCCCUCUCCGAUGCAUCUCGGGCACAGCUCAGACGACGUUCGUAACACAGUCACUGACGCUUAAAGACGACUAUGGCGCACUCGAACCAGCCAUCAGCGGCCAAAUCAUGGAGCUGCACCACAGCAAGCACCACCAAACAUACGUAAACUCCUACAACGAUGCCGCCGAUAAGAUGGCCGCCGCAGAAGCCAACGACGAUAUCGCUACCAAAAUCACCCUGCAGCCACUUGUCAACUUCCACGGAGGUGGUCACAUCAACCACACCCUGUUUUGGGAGAACCUGGCACCAAAGAAUCAGGGGGGUGGUGAGCCGCCAUCUGGCGAGCUGGCCAAGGCGAUCGACAGCACGUAUGGAAGUCUCGAGGAGAUGAAGAAGAAGUUCAAUGCUGCUAUGGCAGGUGUUCAGGGAAGCGGCUGGGCUUGGUUGGUCAAGGAUACUCAGACUGGAAACAUUGGGAUCAGGACCUAUGCUAAUCAAGAUCCUGUGGUUGGCCCUUUCAAGCCAUUGUUGGGUAUUGAUGCUUGGGAGCACGCUUACUACCUCCAGUACCAGAAUCGCAAGGCUGAGUAUUUCAAUGCUGUCUGGGACGUUGUCAACUGGAAGGCAGCUGAGCAGCGAUUCGCUAAGGCAUAG